UACUAUUUGUUUAUGUCCAAUUUCUCGAAAAGAAACGUAAACCUAUUUGUUUGUUUUAUUAUUUGGCUUAAUUUAGUGGUAGAAUGAUAGUGCAUUAAUAAAUAUUAUAUCUUGAAGAUAUUUUUUAUAAGCUCCCAAUACCAAUUGUGGGCAAGCAGUUGAGGACACAUUAAGAUGUUACUAGUUACAUAGUAUUUCAUCGGUUUAAUAUUUAUCAAUUAUCACAAUGGUUCCAAUACCUAAAGAAUUCACCUAUGACUUUUGGCUAACUGGCCCAACAGACUUCACAGUUGUAACUUGCCUAAUGCCUAAUGGAGUUUGUAUAUUAUUGGAUGUCAGUCACAAUGCAACCCUUGCAGAAAUUAAAGAAGAACUAUGGGAAGAGGCAGCCAAAUAUCCACUGUAUGGCAUGUUACAUGACAUGUCUGUGUAUGUCUUUCUAUAUGUUAAUAGUAUGUCUGAAUUGGAGCGAAUUACUGAUGAGAAUAGAAGACUGUGUGAUGUAAGACCAACAGGUGCUACUCUAAAACUCACUGAAUGUCAUGCUGAUAAAGCUGAACAUCAGUUAAAUAUACAAAUUAGUCACCUUAUAGGAAAAAGAUUACAGGAGUUUGAUGCGUUGAGUAGUGCUGAAAUAAAUGACUUUCGGUUUAAAAUGCGUAAAUUAGGAGAUGAAAUUGCCUAUGAACGUUCCAAACUGAGUUGGCAAGAAAGACUGCAUUACCAAUUUCCUCCUAGAUUAGCCCAGGGCAAUGUAAAUUGUGAUCGGCCCAUUGUGCUCAUAUCAAAAUUUGAAAAUAUUGAUACCAGUUUUACAUUUAGUGUGCCUGGCACUACAACUCCCAGUAAGUUGUUAGAAACAAUUUUAAACAAGAAAGGAAAUAUUUUGAACAUCAGAGAAAAGCCGUGUGAUUAUAUAUUGAAAGUUUGUGGCCGAGAUGAAUUUCUUGUGGGAGAUUAUGAUUUAAUUCAAUUUCAAUACAUCCAGGAUGCUUUGAAUAGAGAUAUAACUCCAGUAUUAGUUACAAUACCAAUAGAUAGUGUACCAGUUCAGUUAGAUAUUAAUAACGUAUCUUUGGAUAAUUUUGAAAAGAAAAAUCGUCCUUCUUUUUCUACAAACACUUUACGUAACAAAAAAGGCAAAUCGACGUCAUGGAAAAUCGUUGAAAAUUUGCGUUUAACCAUAUGUACUGUUAGUGGUCUUAACUGUGAUACAAAACGUAAUGUUGAAAUCGGGAUCCAAGUGGGCUUAUUUCACGGUGGUAAAUCAUUGUGUGAACCCAUUAGAACUCCUGAAAACACUGUUAAUGAAAGGUGCGAGUGCGUAUUUGAUCAUACGUUGACCUUUAAUAUCCAGGUGUGCAAUAUCCCAAAGAAUGGAAAAUUAUGUUUCGUUGUCUAUGAAGCCUCGAAAAGUGCUAAGGGAGGAAAGACGAAGAAAAUUAAAGAGUCCUCCAAGGAACCUUUUUCGAACCCAAUUGCAUGGGCUAAUACUACUGUUUAUGACUUUAAAAAUCAAUUGAAGACUGGAGCAAUGACUUUAUAUAUGUGGACUUAUGCUGAAGACACUCUGAAUGAGGAUGCUUUUCAUCCCUUAGGGACAGUUGUUAGCAACCCUAAUACUAAAUAUGCUACAGCACUUACGCUUAUUUUUGACAGUUAUGGACAAGAGCAAACUAUAACUUUUCCGUCUCUGGAUAUUUUGAGAAAACACGCAAAUGAAAACAUUUUGGACUCUGAGGACGCUACAUUAAAUAUUUCAAGGGUUGAAAUACAAUACUUACAGAAGACUGUGCUUGAAAAUGACUCUUUGUAUGAAACACAUGAUCAGGAUAGAAAAAAGAUAUGGAGUUUGCGGCGCUAUUGGAUGAUAAAUCAUCCUGAUAUUUUACCAAAGUUGUUGCUCUGCAUAGAUUGGGAUGAUAAAAAAGUUUUUUGCGAAGUUUAUGCACUUUUAAAAGAUUGGCCACAUUUACCUGUAGAAAAGGCUUUAGAAUUGUUGGAUUAUGCUUAUUCUGAUCAGGAAGUUAGAAGAUUUGCUGUUAAAUGUCUUAGUAAUUUAAGCGAUGAAGAUUUACUUUUGUAUUUGCUGCAAUUAGUUCAGGCUCUUAAACAUGAACUGUAUUUGGACUGUGAUUUAGUGAAUUUUUUACUUAAAAGGGCUCUAAAUAACCAAAAAAUUGGUCAUUAUCUUUUUUGGCUUCUAAGAUCAGAAAUGCAGAUGCCUUCUGUGUCUGUUCGUUUCGGCCUAAUUUUAGAGGCAUACUGUAGAGGAAGUCAAGAACAUUUAACGGCAUUAGGUAAACAAUUGGAAUGCUUAGAAAGGUUGAAAAAGUGCAGCGAAAGUGUCAGGACACGUAAAGACAAAGACAAGGCCAGAGCAGCUCUUAUAGAAGAUCUGCAGCAACCUCAUUGUAUUGAAGCGCUGCAUAACAUUAGAAAUCCUUUAGAUCCAAGUUUUCGAUGUGGCAAAAUAAGGAUAGAAAAAUGUAAAGUAAUGGAUAGUAAAAUGAAACCUUUGUGGGUUGUUUUCGAAAAUUCAGACACUUUUGGAGACGAUAUAUAUUUUAUAUUUAAAAACGGUGAUGAUCUUAGACAAGAUAUGUUAACCCUUCAGAUGAUAAGAAUUAUGGACAAAUUAUGGAAACAGGAAGGGUUAGAUUUGAGGAUGAAUCCCUACAACUGUAUAUCCUUAGAGCAUAGAGUAGGAAUGAUAGAGGUUGUUCUGAAUGCUGAAACAAUAGCAAAUAUUCAGAAGGAAAAGGGCAUGUUUUCAGCUACAUCUGCCUUUAGAAAAGGAUCUCUUUUAGCUUGGUUAAAAGAUCAUAAUAGGUCAGAAGCGGCAUUAAAGAAGGCUAUUAAUGAAUUUACCCUCUCUUGCGCUGGAUAUUGUGUGGCCACGUACGUUUUAGGAGUUGCUGAUAGACAUUCCGAUAAUAUAAUGGUCAAAACUUCAGGUCAGCUGUUUCAUGUGGAUUUCGGUCACAUAUUGGGUCACUUCAAAGAAAAGUUCGGUUUCAAAAGAGAAAGGGUGCCUUUCGUUUUGACUCACGAUUUUGUCCAAGUCAUAAGCAAAGGACAAAGGAAUGCAUUAGAAUUCAAAGUGUUUCAGGAAUAUUGCGAAAAAGCGUUUAUGAUACUACGAAAACAUGGAACUCUUGUGAUGUCACUUUGUGCUAUGAUGAUUUCUACAGGACUCCCUGAACUUAGUUCUGAAAAGGACUUAAAUUAUUUGCGUGAAACAUUGGUUCUUUCGAAGUCUGAUGAGGAGGCAUUAGCUCAUUUUAAAUCGAAGUUUGAUGAAGCGUUAUCAAAUUCAUGGAAGACUUCUGUAAAUUGGGCAACUCAUAAUUUAGCAAAAAACAACAAGGCUUAAAUGGUUUAAAUAUGAAGUGUAUUAAAAAGUGCCAAUGUUUUGUAAAUAUAACUGAAUUUAAUUUUAUAUAUAACGCAUAGAAUAGAGAAUGAAACUGUUUCGUACUGAU